CUACUUGGACUCUUCAAUUGAAUUAUCACUUCGGGCCAGCAGCGCCAGCAACAGGCAGCGUAUGGGGUGUGUGGCGAACUGAGCGACCUCUAGGCCUUGAGCAAUGUUCGUCUACCUGAGCAAGAAGAUCGCCAUACCGCACCAGCUGGCAUUGCAGGUGGUCUCUUGGAACUCUGCACAGGGAUGGAUCGCUUGUGGUGGUGAAAGUGGCCUGCUCAAGGUUCUGAAGCUGGAGUCCUCCGAGGGUGGCAAAGCGGCCGCCGGACAGAGCAAUCUCUCCAUGAACCAGACCUUAGAAGGGCAUCAAGGCACCAUCAUGGUCAUUACCUGGAACGAAAAUUUCCGGAAACUGACCACCAGUGAUCAGAAUGGCCUGAUCAUCGUUUGGAUGCUGCACAGAGGCAUAUGGUUUGAGGAGAUGAUCAAUAACCGCAACAGAAGUGUUGUCAGAGACAUGAAGUGGAGUGCUGACUGCCAGAAGAUUUGCAUCAUCUAUGAGGAUGGUGCGGUCAUCGUAGGCACAGUAGACGGACAGAGGUUAUGGGGGAAAGAGGUCAAGACACAGCUGGCAUUUGUGGAGUGGUCACCAGACGGGAAGAACAUUUUGUUCUGCACCUUGAAUGGGGAGGUGCAUGUCUAUGACAAUGAAGGCAUCUACUCGCACAAGGUUCCUAUCUACUGCUUAGACAGUGGCACGGAGGGUACCGUGGCCAUUGCUGGCAUUGACUGGUUUGCUGGCCCAAGCGGCCCUGACAACCAGACGCCCACUCUUUGCCUUGGUUUUGAGAACGGGCGUGUCCAGAUCAUGCGGAGCGAUGCAGAUGAUAAGCCUGUGCUGUUGGAUACGCAGCUGCGCUGUACAGGGUUGAAAUGGGACCCAAACGGCUCAGUCGUGGCCAUUGCUGGUAUCCAGGCACAGGGUGCAACCAAUGAGCGAGAGGUUGGCGUGGUGCAAUUCUAUGCUCCCAGCGGCCAACAUCUCCGCUCUUUGCGAGUUCCAGGCCAGAAUUUGAGGGCCAUUUCCUGGGAGGGAAGUGGUCUUCGUUUGGCCCUGGCAGUGGACUCGCACAUCUUUUUUGCAAACAUCAGGCCAGAUUACCUUUGGGGCUACUUUUCCCACACCUUGGUGUAUGCUGUACUUCGAAAAGAGCGAAAUGAACACGUCGUGAUCUUCUGGGAUACUCACACCGACGAGAAGUACACGAAGUACAUCAAACACGUGACGCACAUUCGCUCCUCCGAAGAGUACUGCGUCCUGGUAACGAAGGCAGAUGAUGCCAGCGGGCAGCACAUUGUCAUUGUUUGCAAUGAUAUUGGCAGUCCAGUGGAUUCCAAGUACAUGCAGCUGGAGCCGAUGCAUGUGGCCAUGACAAAUUCCCAUGUCAUUGCGACCUCUGAGGAUGUGGUGUACAUUUGGAACUAUCGGAGCAGUGUGUCACGGCAAGCACAGGGCGAUCUGGCUUCAGCAGCAGCUGGUAUGAAGCAGAGAAGAGCAGAGAUGAUGUUCCACAUUGACGAGUCAUUCGCUCCGGGCUCUGGUACGCAUGACAAGGAGGGCUUUGUGCCGCCAUCUACAACUACUCAGGAUCCCAUUGCGUGCAUUUGUGCCACGGAACAGUGUCUUCUUGUGGCUCGCGAAAGCGGCAUUGUGCAGCGAUAUGCGUUGCCACACUUGGCCCUAGAGGCACGUUUUACAAUUCGUUGCCGGCCACAGGUGAUAGCAGCCAACUGUGAGAGCACGCGAAUGUCGGUCAUAGACAUCAAUGGCGUUCUUUUGCUCUUUGACAUCGAGGUGAAGACCACGGGCUCCUUUGGAGAUGUCAAGCCCGUAUCUCCGGAGGAUGGACCUGGAAAACAGCUGGACUUUGAAAGAAAAGAUGUCUGGAACAUGAGAUGGGCAACAGACAAUCCUGACCUUUUUGCCAUCAUGGAGAAGACCCGUAUGUAUAUUGUUCGCGGUCUGCAGCCAGAGGAGCCUGUCCUCUCCAACGCGUACAUAUGUGCUUUUAAGGAUCUUCAGAUUCAAAGUGUGCUUAUAGACGAGGUCAUCCAGAACCCUGAAAAUCCUCGAAAAGAGGUGCUUCUAGACUUUGAGACGAAGAGCCUAAGAGACACAAGGGAUAUUCUGACCAAGGUCUCCAAUCUGAAAGAUGCCUUCAACUAUGUUGAUGCCAAUCCGCAUCCGAGACUUUGGAGGCUUUUGGCAGAGGCAGCUCUCGAGCAACUAGAGUUCAGUGUGGCGGAGAAAGCCUUUGUCCGCUUCGAGGACUACCAGGGAAUUCAACUGGUAAAACGCCUGCGAUUGCUUGAUGACCGGGUGAAGCAGAAAGCAGAGGUGGCUGCCUACUUCCAGCGUUUUGAUGAGGCUGAAAGCCUUUACAGGGAGAUUGACCGGAAGGACCUGGCCAUUGACCUGCGAGUACGCUUGGGCGAUUGGUUCCGGGUCAUCCAGCUUGCGCACGGUGCGAAUGAGGAUUUGUUACAUCAAGCCUGGAGCGCCAUUGGCGACUACUACGCAGAUCGCUGCAAGUGGCACAACGCCGCAAAUUAUUAUGCGAAGGCUGGCAAUAGUGCGGCUUUGGUGGACACCUACUACUUUCUUGAGGACUACGAUGCGCUCGAACGGUUGAUCCCAUCACUUCCAGAAGGUAGCCCACUUUUGACAGAGGUUGGCAACAAGUUCGCCUCUGUCGGGCUUUGUGAGCAGGCGGUCCAAGCUUUCCUCAGACAUGGAGAUGUGAAGACGGCCGUCGACACGUGUGUUCUUCUGAACCAGUGGGAGCUGGCCGUAAACCUGGCGCAACAGCACAACUUUCAGCAGAUUGAAGGCUUGCUGGCUAAGUACGCACAACACCUUCUUGACAAGAACAAGAAGAUUGAGGCAGUUCAGCUGUACCGGAAAGCCAGCCGCCAUACCGAGGCUGCGAAGCUUCUCAACCAAAUGGCCAAGGAUAUGCCAGGUGGUGCGCAGCGGCAUCCAGAUCGCAUCAAGAGGCUAUACCUGUUGGCCGCAUUAGAAGUGGAGAAGUUUAAAAACAAGACACUCGAUGCUCAGAUGACAGGUGCUACACAGGGUACAAUGACAACGGCACAGACUUUGCAGUCGCUUGUGACCCAGGAUCAGAGCGUAUCUAGCGACCGGGCGCUGGAAAGCCCUUGGAGAGGGUGUGAGGCCUUUCACAUCUAUCUUUUGGCGCAGAGACAGCUUUACGAAGGUCAGCACGAACAGGCUAUGAAGACAUCUCUGCGGCUGUCAGAAUACGAGGAUAUUUUGGACACGCAGACCAUAUACUCUCUCAUAGCCUUGACAACGUACUACAACAAGUUCUUUGCACAGUGCUCCAGAGCCUUCAUAAAACUGGAGGCCUCCAGCGACGUCUCUGAUGAGAUGCGAACAAAAUUCGCCGAUUUGGCUCUUAGCAUUUUCACGCGGAACGCACCGCGGGACCCUGCCAGUCACAUGCUGCCGUGCCCGAAGUGCGGGACACGAAUAAACGACUGGAACAUCACGUGUUCCAGCUGCAACCACCGGUUGGCCUUCUGCGUUGCAUCUGGACGCUCCAUUUUCCCGGAGGACCGCAAUGCAAGCCAUCCAUAUCCGCCUGGCACAGGUGGUGGCGAGACGAUCAAAUGCCGCUGCUGCAGACAUCGGAUGUAUUCAAACGAGGUGCGCAAGCUGCGAAACUGCCCGCUAUGCCACUCGCGAUUAGAUGUCACAGCCAUGCACACUCCCUCAGUGCCGCAUUGAGUCUGAACCUGGCAUUCCGAAGAGCCUUCUUUACAACUAUAUAAGUGC